AUGACUUUGAAAAAAUUCAAACUAAUAAAUGAAUGCAUUCGUUUCGAUGACAAAGAACAGAGAAAGGGAAUUCGAUCAAGAGAUAAAUUGGCACCAAUACGAAACGUUUACGACAAAUGGGUGAAUCGAUUGAAAAUGUGUUACACUGUUGGAAAAAACGUUACAGUAGAUGAACAACUUGUACCAUUUCGCGGUCGCUGCCCAUUUACACAAUAUAUACCAUCAAAACCGCAUAAAUACGGUAUCAAAAUAUGGUGUUUGUGCGAUGCAAGUACAUAUUAUGCUUGGAAUCUUGAAGUAUAUACGGGUCGCGAUCGAAAUUGUAAAGCAGAAAAUCGUUUUGUCACUCUAUUUAGUACACUUCAUGACCAGAAAAGUGUGGCUAACGACGAACAAAAAAAGCCGGAAAUUAUUCGAUUCUAUAAUGCGACGAAAGGUGAUGUUGAUUCUCUAGAUAAACUCGUAGGCACUUAUCGCUGCAAACGCAAGGUGAAUCGUUGGCCAUUAGCCCUUUUCUGUAACAUCCUUGAUACUUCAGCAUACAACAGUUUCGUAAUAUUUAUUCAUCUCAACGCAGAUUGGAAAUAUGAGAAAAAAAAGUAUCGCCCUCGCUUGUACUUAGUGGAGCUCGGAAAGCAAUUAGUUACACCAUAUAUUGCGAACAGAAAAACUCGUCCUCGAACACCAAAUGCAAAUGCUGUUAUAGAUGAAAUUCAGAAUAUUUCAUCAAGAUCAUCAUCACCAACGACAUCAACAUCAGCAGCGCCAACAUCAACGACAAACGCAUCGCGAAAAUCGAAUUUACCAAAUUCUCAAAAACUCACGCAUGCUCCGUCAGCAGGAAAACGAAGUCGUUGUGCACAUUGCGAAUAUAAAAACAACAAAAAUUUAUGCAGCAAUCGCUGUGAUAAGUGUAUAACUUAUGUUUGCAAUGCACAUCAUUUCAAACUAUGCACAAACUGCAUUGAUAAACUAUAA